CGCAGUUGCAAUUCGCACACAGUUCGGCUCCCGGCUGAAAUCCAUGCCGCGGUGAUUGUUGUUAAUCUCGCUGUUCGCCUCGCAUACUCAGAGCAAUUUUCAUAGAUAUCACUGUCCGUCGUGUGCGAUCUUUGCUCCUGACCCUAUACAAGCCGUCUUGCUCAAUCAUCCGACGCCAUGGCGGCCGAGAAAUACUACAUCAAAGAUGCUAUAACCAAGCCUGCUGUUCACCACGAAACGUACCAGAAGUUAUGGGAGACGAAAUGGAAAGCGCCAUGUCAAAUGGGUGUAUACCCUUUUAUGUUUGGAAGCAUCAAAGACUUUGAGCCAGUUGCAGAGUCAAUUAUCGAGAAAGGUCUCAAAGAACCCUACGACUGGGACGAAUAUGCGCAAAUGUACUUUCAGAAAGCCGGAGAACUCACCAAGAUUGCGGAAGAAGCAGAGCAAGCUGGCGAGAAAGAGAAGGCUUCGGAAUACUACCUACGAAGUGCUGCCGUCUACCGUAUCUCUCGAUUCCCUACUCCGCGGUCGGAGCAACAAAAGUACGCAUGGAGGAAAGGAACAGAAAUAUUCUACAGGGGCGCAGGUCUGAUGGAGUACCCGAUCAAAGAAGUCCGCAUACCUCACAAACAUGCGAUCGAAGGCGAGGGUGAUGUUGUGCCUGUCAACUUCCUCCUCCCUCCCGGCGCGUCCCCCGAGAACCCUGUCCCUUGCGUCCUCAUCGUCACAGGCCUUGAUGGGUAUCGCACAGAACUAGCAGUAUGGCAACAAGGGUGGCGCUCGAAAGGAGUAGCGACUGUUAUUGCCGAAAUUCCCGGUACUGGAGACUCCCCAGCUCUUCGAUCCGAUCCCACGAGUCCUGACCGCCAAUGGUCCAGCGUCCUGGAUUGGGUAGACACGCAAACAGCGAUUGACAACAAGAAGAUUGUGUCCUGGGGCUUCUCAACAGGUGGAUACUAUACCCUGAGGAUGGCACAUACCCACAAAGACCGCAUGUUAGCGUGUAUCAGUCUCGGAGGCGGAGCUCAUCAUAUGUUCGACCGGGAAUGGCUGGAAAAUGUGAACAAGCUGGAGUAUCCCUUCGACCUGGCAGGCACACUGGCAUACAAGUUCGGCUACCCUGAUUUGGAGUCAUUCAUUCAGGAGGCUCCCAAGUUCUCCUUGCUGAACGACGGAACGCUCGAAAAGCCUUGUACCAAGGUUCUUCUGGUCAACGGCAACGACGAUGAAAUCUUCCCGAUCGACGACAUGUUUGUUGCGUUAGAGCACGGUCAACCCAAGUUGGCUAGAAUGGUCAAGGGCAAAAAGCAUAUGGGCGAGCCGGACAGUUUUUUCAUAAUUCUGAGAUGGAUCCAUCAACUUCUGGGACUCGACGGUAACAUCAUGGACCAGAUGAAGAUGCUUCCUUCGCGAACAAAGUACUGAUCCGAUGAAGGAGAGUUGAAGCCUAUGUGUGCUGGAUGGCCUGGCUUUUUGCAUAGCUGGUCGGAUGAGCGUUGAGUAUAGUCAAAAUUUGAUGU